GGAACUGACCGCGUCCAGCCAAGCCGCCGUACUGUUGGGAUUUUUAAAUUUCUCCUGAGUGAGAAACUAGCAAUCGAGAUGGAGCCAUCCGCGCAACCGCCGCAGCUGGCAGCGUCACCUCCCACCAACUCGUCCAACUUCUGCCAAGGCUCUGAGAUGCCAACGAUGUCGAGGCCUGCACCUGAUGUCAAGGGUGGCUCCUCACCUAUGAAGGAGGAUGCCACCGAGGAGAUGAACUCUCUGGCCUACUCGAACCUGGGCGUGAAGGAUCGCAAAGCAGUAGCCACUCUGCACUACCCCGGGGCUGCCUCGAACGGCACCAAGGCUGAUGGGGCUGCCAGCAGUCCCUCGGGACCUUCAUCUCCUACGAGCACCUCUCCCACUAAACCCCCACCCCUAAACCUGAACCCCGCCCCUCACCUGCUGGCUAGUAUGCAGCUGCAGAAACUUAACAACCAGUAUCAUGGGGCGGCCGCCGCCACUCCAGGCCAACCCGUCCAAGCCGCGGAGGCAGGGCCCCUUCAAAACUGGGGCUUAGGGGCUCAGGCGGGAGGGGCGGGGUCGGUCUCUCCCCCUGCCGGUGCCCAGAGCCCUGCUAUCAUCGAUUCGGACCCGGUGGAUGAGGAGGUGCUGAUGUCGCUGGUGGUGGAGCUGGGACUGGACCGGGCCAACGAGCUUCCGGAGCUGUGGCUAGGGCAGAAUGAGUUUGACUUCACCGCAGACUUUCCGUCUGGCUGCUGAUGCCAACUGUCCCUAAAGAUGGAGGAAUAAAGCCACCGAUUCUGUUGUAAAUAAAAAUAAAAGCUACUUACAGAGACAUGUGCC